AUGGUUAUCAAAUCAAUAGCAGCAGAUUCCAAGUGGAAAAUAGUUUCAAGUUCCUUUAUAUACGGACCUGUUCCCGCAAUAAAGGAGCUAUUGGAUAAUAGCGUUGAUUCACAAGCUAAAAAUAUUUAUGUCGAUAUUGAUUCCAAGACAGGUGGGUGUGAAUACAUAAGUGUAAGAGACGAUGGAUCAGGAGUGCAACCUAAUGAUAGGGAUCUCAUGUGCGUAAGUCAUACGACUUCGAAAAUAAGCGAUUUAGGCGACCUAUCGAAAUUAACCGCCCUUGGUUUUAGAGGUGAUGCACUAUUUAUGCUUGCUAACUUAGCAACAGAAAAGGGUUCUUUGCAAAUAACUACAAGAACUUCGGAAGAUGCAAUUGCUGAGAAAUGGUUUGUUGAUAAAAAUGGUGCAUUAAAGAAAAACACUUUGGGCAAGGCAUCAAGCCCAAAGGGUACGACCGUAGUGAUUAAAAAGCUCCUGGAUGGUCUACCUGCACGGAAAAUUAAUGUAUGCGUGAGAACGAGGAAAAACAUGGAAGAACUUCGACAGUUAAUCAAUCACUAUGCUUUAAUCUAUAGGGAAAUUCGUUUUUGUCUGUCAUUUGUAUCUGUGAAUAAGAAUGGAACUACGGCCAAUAGACAAUUACAACAGUCGAUAGACACCAAGUUAUCGCGAGAGCGUGUUCUUUCAUCCAUAGCGAACUUGAGAAAGCCCAUUUGUGACAAUUUCAUAAAAUCACAAGAUAUGUGCGUAAAUAAGUAUGUAAGCGUGGAACUUAUUUUACCCACAAUGCAUCCAAACUCCGAUAUCCUUAAUUCGAAAAAGAGUAUGAAAUUUUUAUCAGUGAAUAAAAGAACCAUGUCCUUACAAUUAGAAUUUGGUCGAAUGAUAAAUAGAAUUCUAAAUUCCAUUUAUCGCAAAUAUCUUUUGUUAGAGCCUAAUAUUUGGUACAUUGAUGUUACAUGUGAUAUGAAACUUACCGACAUAAAUAUUGAGCCUAUGAAAGAUGAUAUACUAAUAAAAGAUUUUGAUUUACUGACUGAACAGCUAACCCAGGCUAUUGAAGACUUUAUUGUUUCGGAACUUAGCCUUAAGCAAUCUCAAGCUGCAACUAUAAGGCUAAGUGGUAAGGAACGAAUAAGAAAUGAGGUUUCAGAAAUAGAUGAUGUGGUGGAUGUUAGUAGUGAUAUACAAAGAGAAACAUGUGGUGAAAAUACCACUUUGAUAAAUGAUAGUGUGAGUAAGGUUUAUUUUGUAUCUGGAAAGCAAAAAGAAAGUAGCGAUAAAAGAACUGAUGAUAAGAGUCUCCUAUUACGUAAAGCAGAUCGAAAUUUGACUGCAGGAACAAUCGUCUCUGAGGAAGAUUAUGAAUGGUCACGCAAUCUUUUGAAUGAUUUUGCGCCAACGAGUCAAGAAGGGAACAAUAAUCAGUCUUCGCAGUUACCUUCUUCAUUGACAUAUAAUUAUCAAGAUUCUAACGAUUUUGAUGAUGAUUUAAUAUUGUCGAAGGAUACAUCGUUAUCGAAUCCAUUUGUUCUCACAAAGAUGAAAAAUACCAUGAAACAUCAACCAACAGUAAAUUUCUCGCAAAAAAUUCGACAACCUUCUUCGAAUUUUGAUUCAUUGGUUGCCAAGAAGCGCAAAAUGUCAUCUCCAGAAGUAAAUUCAUUAGACUCUCAAGAGAGGGCGAUUACUGAGAUAAGAAACGAAGAAGAAGAAGGAAAUUCAGCGAAACGUCAACGUAUUAUUGAACCCACACGAAGGAGUGUUGAUGUACGAAAAGCUCUCGCGGUUUUCUCUGAAUACACGAACAGCCAUUGCCUGGUACUAGACUAUAAUAAGCCGUUUGACCUUGAGUCGAAAAAAAUAUGCGCAAGAGAGGAAAGCUGGGUAUUUGAAAAGACGGAUCAGAAACUUGAAGAUCGAGGAAAAGACGUGAUACAAUUUUUGAAUGAACAUCUCCGACCAAAAUCUGAUAGACCUCUGUGCAUGACUCAAACAAGUAAUGGAUGGUAUAUAUACGGAUAA